ACAUUUCCCCAUGACAUGUUUGGGAACCUCUUCCCUUGGAGGAAUGUGGCUGAGCGUCCUGGCCUGGAGCUUCUAGACCCCGACAGUCACAGGGAGUCUAAGGAGGAGCAGGCACUGGGGGCGGGGUGGGAGGGCUCCCGGGUUGUGCAGCUCCCCUCUUCCGGGUGGCCGCAGAGCCCGAGAGGCGGGCUCGCCAGAGGCGUUCCCACGAGCCCCUGGGCCUGGCUACUGAAGCUUUCGUUUUUGGUAUCCUGUCUCAGGGCCUGUGCUGGAACUCCGCAGCAAUCGGACCAACCGGCAGCACUGCCUGCACUUGCUCCAUGUGCCCUGAGACCAGGGUGUCCAUCAGCGGACCCGAAACAUGGCUUCAGCUUUUGCGGGAGUGAUCAAGAAUGUGAUCCGAGAGCUGGACCGAAGUGGGGGGCUCCUACCUGUGGAAAACCUGGGGAGCUCCACCAGCUUCCAGCCCUACUACCUGCUCAUACAGAAGCCCUCGAGCUCCUUGUUUGGGAAACCCCGUUUUGCAUGUGUCCACUUGUCCAUCAAGGAUAUCCUGGAGCCCAAUGCCCCAGAACCAGCUCUUCUCCUGCCACAGCCGUGGAGCGUGUGGGUCCCUUCCACUUCCAAGACACGGUGGACGGGCAGCUGCAGGGCAAUGUGGAGCUGGCCACACCUGGGCAGGGGAAACUGGGCUGCGGGGCAACGCUGUCAGGGACCACCAGUGCCUCCAUGAAUGUCUGCACGCUGCGCGUGUCCCCCAACACCUGGAUUGCAAUGCAGAAGGAGAGACACCUGCAGAAGCCAGAGCACAAGAUCCUGCAGCAACUGAGGCACCGUGGAGACAAUGUGUACGUGGUGACGGAGGUGCUGCAGACACAGAAGGAGGUGGAGGUCACCUACACACGCAAGCGGGAGGGCUCAGGCCAGUUAGCACUGCCUGGGGCUCUGUACUUCCAGGGUGGGGGCCAGGGCCACCGGAGCUGCAAGAAGACACUCACCAUCCCCUCAGGCAGCAUCCUGGCUUUCCGGGUGGCCCUCCUGGUUAUUGGCUCCGACUGGGAGAUCAUCUUCUUACCAGACAAGAAGCAGAGGACCUUUGGAGGAGGGGACCAGAUGCCCUCAUCCUACAAAAUCCUCAAACCCUUUGGAUUCUUCUCUAAGUGCCUGCUGCAGUCAGAUGCAGCCCACACCGAGAACUCUCUAAUGCUGGCCCAGGACUUUGAGGACCUGCAAGCAGAGGUAGAGGCCCAGGCCGAGGGCCUGUGCAUCCUUUCCCCUGAGCUGUGUCAGCAGCUGCUGACAGGCUUAGGUCAGGUGCUGAGGGAUGAGAUGACCCUGCACCACCUGGAGGAGCUGCUGGAGCAGGGCCUGUGCUGCGGGCGUGUGGAGUUACAGACUGGGCCAGUGGGUGAUGUGCUGGAGUGCCUGGUGCAGCCCUGCAGGAUGCUGGAAGAGGAGCUGGUGGAGCACUUCUUCUACCUGCUGGGAGCAUUAGCUGAGCUGAAUGAGGCCCAGCAUAUGGAACUGGCCCAGAUGCUGGAGGCUAGGGCCCCUCUGGGGCCAUGCAGCCUGGUAGAAAGUCUUUUGGAGCAGAGCGCCCCCUGGCAGAAGCCUGUGCCUGUGUCCCUGCCUCUGGGGAGCAGCUGGGGCCCAGAGGCACCCAUUUGGAUCCUGCUGGAAGAGUGUGGCCUGGAGCUGAAGGCCAAUGCCCCCCACGUGAGAUGGGUCCCAGAGGCCCUGGACCAGACCUUGGCUCUCUACGCCUGCCUGGCACUGCUCUCCAAACUGAGUCAGUCCCAGUAGAUGGCUGUCCUGGGCUUGGUGACAGCAGCCCCAGGAAGAACAGUGUCCCACUCCCACUACUUUCCUGGACUUCCCUCUCCUGGCCAGGUGGCUGUUCAGCACAGGGUUUGGGACUUGGGGGGACUCAGUAAAUGCAAUUCAUAAAGAAUUGGUGAUCACUGGGGUUUGGGUGGUGGCGUACCUGGUUAAGUGCACAUGUUACAAUGCACAAGGACCCAAGUUCGAGCCCCUAGUCCCCACCCGCAGGGGGAAAGUCUAUUACCCCUUCCCUCUUGAUUU